UAAUUUGUCACUACACACAAGCACUACACUCAGAAGUAUUGGCCAUUUGCUUAUGCUGUCCAUUAAUAUAACUGGAGAGUUGUAUGCAAGAUCACCCUAAGGCAGCAUUGGCUUCGUGUGCCUUAUAAAAGCCCCGCGCCUCAAAAGCCACAACCACUUCCUAAACCAUAUUCAAGUCAACCCGACAAAAGCAAAACCAGCAAAACUAUAAUGGCAAAUAGCGGAUAUUCUGCGUUCAAACCGGUUGGAAAUUAUAUUCUAGAAUCAAAACACGACAAAAAGCAAAGAUGUUACGAUCGUGAUUUCUGCUGCACGGUAGAAAGACCUGGACUGUUAACCAUUCCUGAUGAUUACACGUGUUGGAAAGUUGGUCCCAUGUGGCCCUUUUGGAGCCCGAUUCCUACUCAGUUUCUGAGGUUUAACAGCUUCGUGACGUACAGCCACGAGAAACCAAACCAGUCUUACAUUAGCCUGAUAUCUGAAGCAAUCCUUUCAUCCCCAGAACAAAAACUAAUUCUCAGUGAUAUCUACAACUUCAUCCUGACGCGAUACCCGUACUUCAGAACGAAGGGGACAGGCUGGAGAAAUAGCAUUAGACAUAAUCUCUCCCUAAAUGAAUGCUUUGUCAAGGCGGGUAGGAGCCCCAACGGCAAAGGACACUUUUGGGCUAUCGACGCCACCUACUUUGAUGACUUCAGACGUGGAGAUUUCCGGAAGAGACGAUCCUACAGAAGAUACAAAUCGAAGAUAUCUAACAGGGGACGUGUAGACGAUGCGUUCGAGGGAAAAGUUGAGUUACUAAAGGUGGAUAGAGAGUGCGGUGACCACAAAAGAGAUGAUAUUUCCUGGGAUGGCUACAAAAGGCAAGCUCAAGACAGCACAAAACAAGCACUUCUUGGUUAUGGCGACCAUAAAAGUGAUUAUAUCGCCUUGGGUGUCAAUGAAGGGCAAGUCAAAACGAGAACUGAUGAGGAAGAAAUACUACUAAGGAAUAACGUGCUUACACCGCGCUACAAGAUGCAAAGGGUAGUCUCGUCUACUCGUCAAGUUAUUCCUAUCAUGAUUGCAGACAAACCCAAAUACGAUGCCUCAACGACUCCCGUCAUGGCUAAAAGAAAGAAAAGCUUUGAUGUCGAGAGUCUUCUAGCCCCAUAGACGAUAAGUCAGCACGGCUCUACUAACUAAAGUAUCCCAACCGAUGACUUAUUGAGCAAUAAGAAAUUACAUUAGUGUAAGCUUCAGCAAGUAGGUUAUAUAAAAACUCUUAUUUAGAUUGAAGUGCAAAUUAAGGCUUUUUUGAGGGGCGGAUACAAGGUGGGUAGAUUGGGUAGAAAUCCACCACCCCUUUUUGAGUCAAAUUUUGUUUGAGAAAAUAAGUAACUGAGGGACGGGAGGUAAUGUCCAUGCGCAUUCUCCUGCUUGACCUUGCUUACGCGACAAAUCCAAUUCAGCGUGAAGUAUUGUAAGAUCUAUGUAGUGACCUACCAAGAACCACUGUAUCAGUUAUAAACUGUCUAUCCGGCGCUCACUGGAUCAGUUAACAUCUUAAAUACUUUAAGCCCGUAGGCAAAAGCGCGGUAAAAAUUAGCCUACGUAGCGGCGAAAUAUGUGCUGCUUGUACGAGAAACAGCUUUUUGCACCCAACACUGACUUCAAUGGAGUUGAAAAUAUUACAGCUGACGAAAUGCCUCGACAGAAUUAGGACGAUAGUGUUCAAAGUGUUAUCGUGCCGAUUAAUAAUUAUGUUGCUGUUUCAUAAUAAUUAUAAAUAGUAAAUUAAAAACUAUUACAAAAGUUAUAGCGUCUGCUGUAAGCAAUCCUAGUGAUCCCACGACGCAUUGAACCCUGCAAAAGAUUGCUUUUUAUUAGAUGCAAGACACUAACUCUUUUCAAGAGAAAAUGGCAUCUUUAUUCUUAAUUUUUUUCAGCAUUAUUAUCCCUCGCAAUGUCAAACAACUAAGGGAUUGGCCUUGCUCAAUACAUGCUGUCAUUUUUUUAUUUAAGAAGUCUACUGAUCCGCCAAAAAACUCAAGGGCCGCUGACAUAAUAACAUAUAAAUUUAAUCCUGUUUACGAGAUAAACAAUAUAAUAAACAAGCUUACGGCUUAGCUAAUGGUUUGUAAAAGCAAGUAUAUGGCAUUUGAAUCAAUAUUUGUUACUAUUUUCGACCAACAACGUGAAUCGUUGAGAGUAUUGUAAAAGAGUAGUAGUGGUCGUCGCUUUAUUGGCAAACCAAGAGCCAGACCUGCUAGAAUUAUACAAAAGAACUCAAAAA